CAAACACUCGACAAGUCUAAUCAAAUUCUUUCCAAUGUUCUUUGACACAUAGCCAGUAGCCAAGUAGGGUAUUAUUUAAAACGACAAUAUAUGUGUUAUGUAUAAUAGCAAUAAUGUGCAUGUUAAUGGUACUCAAAAUUUAAGUCUCGUUGUCUCGGCCAAACGCGGCAAAACUGCAACUACAAUACAAUAUACAACCUUAUUAUUUGUGCCCUCCUCACCCACUUCAGCACUCAUGUCCCCACCGCCUUCCGGUUAGGUACAUGGGUCACGGGUACCCUUGAACAGUUGCGGUGAGGGUGUUAGGAAUCAGGCGGGAUUCCGCCCCUCUAUGCUCUACCACUACAACGGCUUAGAGAACGGGACGUGCGGGGAAGUACCGUACGUUACGGCGGAUUCGGCGCUCUGGCGUUUUGAUUUUAGGGUGGAACCUCCUUACGGCCGCCAGUGGUACAAGAAGUGCUUGUUGUGUCUCCAAAAAGCUCAAUACACAUCGCAUUGUGGUUUAUUAUGUCGACGGUAAAAAUAAUAAUUCUGUCGUUACGCGUUCGGUAUGAUGACAAUAAUAAUUGUUGAAAACAAACAGUUUCGCGCUACUCGUAGGGCGUCGGUACUGUAGGUUUUUUCUACUUCUAUUAUUAUUAUUAUUGAUUUUUCAAUUUGUCGUCGGGUUGCGCGGUAGUUGAUGAACGCUUUCCCGUAUCGCGUACAACGUGUCCGUUCGUAUUUGUGUGACGGGUUGUGCGUUUACGUAUUCGUUGAUAACUUAUCUAGAUUAUUCAAUUAAUGGUAAUUCUUUCACGCGUUUUACACUUGUUUAAAUAAAAACAUACUUUGCGAAUUCUAGUGACUUAUAUAUAUUAUAUUUAUUUAUUGUUUGAAUCAUCAUAAAUAAUAAUAAAACUUUCCACCCAUGUUCGAUCAAUUGUCAAUGAAAUUGACAUUCAUGGAUUAUCGGAUCAAUUGUUAUUUAUACUUUGUUCUGGUUUUUAUUCUAUCUUGAGUCAUUAGUCAAUUAUAUACAAAUAUUUCUUUUUGUUUUAAACAUAUUCACGAAUUAAUAAUACAUUUCUAAGGAGCGGAAAUUACAGCUUUAUUUUCACUUACCUGUUAACCAUAUUUUAAAAUCUUAAUGUUUUCCGGACUCAUUAGCUUUACUUUUUACCCUAUUUUUAAUUCGACAAAACACGAAUUUUGAACACACAUUUAUUUAAAGUUUCAUUAGUUAGAGUGUAAAUACGGACAUUUUGAACUUAAAAGAAAGUUGAAAAGAAUUAGUCUAUUAUGGCUUGGGGCUACUGGAGCGCAUCUACUGUUUCUGAUCGAGGCAAGUCGCCAAAACGGCAAUCGUCAUCUUUAGGUUUUUAUAACCAUCAUGUACCAAUUUCCACUCCAGCUCCUCCAUCUACAUCGUACUACCAACAUCAGUCCUUGCACAGCACUAGUAGUUUUGGUUCCAUAGAAGAUGAUGACUAUCAUCAUACCUCCACAUUUUACCGUCGUCCUUCACUUGGAGAUAUAGAAUUCACAGGGCCGGGUUCAUUAUCUCUAUUGUUAAAUCAGACUAUUCCUCCUUCGCGACCUAGAACACCACCACCACGCCAUUUGUAUGCUCCACCUACUUCUCUAAGUUUGCCGGAUUCAUGUGGAUCGACAAUGGCUAUGCGACAAAACAUAAACUGUUUUGGUUACCAAUCUACUCCUAUUGUACAACAUUAUCCUUGCAGUGUUCAUGACCCAUCACCAUCUCCUUCUAUAUCUGACGAUGAAGACCAUGUUUACGCCACAGGUAACAAAUACAAUGUAUUUCCUAAUGUACCACAAGCACCAGGAAUGCCUUGUCAAGGGGAAGAUCGUAGUAUAUACAGACGUGGAGCCAGAAGGUGGAGAAAACUAUAUCGAGUGAAUGGACAUAUUUUUCAACCUAAAAGGUUUAACAGGCGAGCAUUUUGUGCAUACUGUCAUGAUCGAAUUUGGGGAUUAGGCCGGCAAGGAUUCAAAUGUAUUCAAUGCAAAUUGCUUAUCCACAAAAAAUGUCACAAGCUUGGUAAAAAAACUUGCACUAAUGAUCCUGUAGGUAAUGAAGACACCAAUGGUGACUCACAGACAUCUCUAAGUACACCUAGCUCUGAUACUGCUUUACCGGAUUUAAAAGAAUAUUCUGAUCAAAAUUCUGUUAUUGAUCAAUCAGCUGAUUCUGUACCCAUUGAAGAUCCACAAGCGAAAACAGGUGAUGAAGAAGUUGGAGUCUCACGUCAAUAUUCUAUUGCCGACUUUGAGCUAAUUAGGGUUAUUGGUCGUGGAAGUUAUGCCAAAGUCUUAAUGGUUGAACUUAAAAAAACCAAAUGCAUCUAUGCUAUGAAAGUUAUAAAAAAAGCACUUGUUACAGAUGAUGAAGAUAUUGAUUGGGUACAAACAGAGAAACAUGUUUUUGAGACUGCCUCUAAUCAUCCAUUUUUGGUAGGACUCCAUUCUUGCUUCCAAACGGCCAGCCGAUUAUUUUUUGUGAUUGAAUUUGUUCGUGGAGGUGACUUAAUGUUUCAUAUGCAAAGGCAAAGGCGAUUGCCUGAAGAACAUGCUAGAUUUUAUGCAUCAGAAAUUAGUUUAGCUUUGAAUUUUUUGCAUACUAAAGGUAUAAUAUAUCGAGAUUUAAAAUUGGAUAAUGUAUUACUUGAUCACGAGGGCCAUAUAAAAUUGACGGAUUAUGGAAUGUGUAAAGAAGGAAUAAGGCCUGGAGAUACAACUUGCACAUUCUGCGGUACUCCUAAUUACAUUGCUCCAGAAAUUUUAAGAGGAGAAGAUUAUGGAUUUAGUGUGGAUUGGUGGGCUUUAGGAGUUCUAUUGUAUGAAAUGUUGGCUGGCAGAAGUCCGUUUGAUAUUGCUGGAGCAUCAGAAAAUCCUGAUCAAAAUACUGAAGAUUAUCUAUUCCAAGUUAUUUUGGAAAAAACUAUUCGUAUUCCGAGAUCACUUUCCGUAAAAGCAGCAUCAGUUUUGAAAGGAUUUUUAAAUAAGAAUCCUGUGGAUCGCUUGGGUUGUAAUCGAGACACUGGCUUCUAUGAUAUUAUAACUCACCCAUUCUUUAAAUCUAUUGAUUGGGAAAUGUUAGAACAAAAGCAAGUUAGCCCUCCAUAUAAGCCUCGACUAGAUUCUGAUCGUGACCUUGCCAAUUUCCCACCAGAGUUUACAGAUGAACCUGUUCAUUUAACACCUGAUGAUCUGCGUGUCAUCGAGAAAAUCGAUCAGUCCGAAUUCGAGGGUUUUGAAUACGUGAACCCAUUGCUGAUGUCGCAAGAGGACAACGUGUGACACGAGGAGGACUGCGACGAUUACGCCGCACCCCACAAUAUGCAGCAUUACCAUCACGAAGCCGACUGUCCCUGUUCGACGACCAUCGACUCGCCACCCGACAACGGCAGGCCGCCGUCUAGGGGAUGGUUCUGCUUACCGCUCCGAUAAGUACUCCCCCCAUAAAAAAAAAAAUGUGAUUAUUAUAAUGAUACAAAUCCGCCGACGACGACGGCCAUAUUUAUUUUAUAUAUUAUUAUUAAAAAUAUUUAAUUAUUUGAUUAUUAUUAUAUAUAGUUACUCGCGCGUGUCCGUCGCCGGCGUCGACGGUUUUCAAUGGCUCAACUUAUUCCGACGAUUUAUCAUUUUCGGUUUGAACUUACUUUAUAAUUCGUUUUCAAAACCAAAUUCUAAAACGUUUUAGUUCCUCUUCGACAUAUAUUACUCGCUUUAUUUUCCAUUGUAUACAUAAAAAAAAUAUACAUAUUAUGUUAUAUUUACGUAUAUUAUAAUGUAUGUAUAUAAGAUGUAUAAUGUAUAUGUUGCCGUGUGUGUAUCGGAUACAACUUUUUACCGUAAACUUCGUUCGUCUCUAACGCGUAUGUUUGAUAUAUGCAAAACAAACAUCGUUAUCACUUGCCUAUUGAUGACGACAAAAUAAUAUGAGCUCCCAAACUCACCAACCCACCCACUCACACGCCGUCGACGGCCAGACAAAAAAAUUAACUCGCCGAUUUAACGGACCGUGUAGCACGUACUAACAUUAUUAUUAUUAUUACUACUACUACUAUUAUUAUUAUUACUAUUUAUUAGUGUUAUUAUGUUUUUAUUCGUUGUGAAAAACGUGUUGUACCCCACCGUAUACGCUUACCGCGGCCUUUGUUCUGCAGAAGAAUUUUUUUUAUGUGUACAAGUGUUGUGUAAAAAUGUCCAGCUCUCACCUCCUACCCGAUCUAUUCAUAACACACUCAUACAAAUAUUGACUGAUCUGUGCAUCGUGGUGGAUCGUCAUUUAUAUAUAUAUAUAUAUAAUAUGCAAAGGGAAAGAGAGAGGAAUAAAAAAA